UCCUUAUCACCACCAUCACCAUUUAAUUAAAGUAUCCAAAAUGCACAAAGUUCUGUCCAGCAUUUCCUUGCAAAUUUGAGGACAUGAAACACAAGGAAUGGGAAAGUGGAAAGUCAGGGAAAAUCCAUCAGAUUAUAUGGCAAGAUGAAAUAGGAUUUAAGGAGAACCAGUUUGAUAGUCAGAUAAGUAAUUACUGAAGGGACAGGAUAAAAACUGGCUUCUUCUUGCUUUGGAUUCCGCGGGAGCUGGGAAGGAACAGCAGUUCUCAUCUGCUGGAUUUGUAGCUCCCAACGGAAGAUUCUGGUGGGCAGGAAGUGCACUUUCAACCUCCUCAGGCACGCUUCUUUCCUCUGCUCCAGAGCAGAAUCCAGGGCAAAGGAGAAUUUUUUAGGGAGAUGUGCUGGGUUCCCUAAACAAAUGUUUUUAGGGAGACUUCUUACCUUUUAAGGACCUCCUCAGGUUAUUUUCUGACACCUCUUUUCCCCCUGCAGAUGCCUGCACCUGGAGGUAGCCAUUGACAUGAUGUCCGGCAUCCACUCUCCCAAUGCUUCACAGGCUUCACCUAUGAACCACUCCUCAUGCUGCACAGAGCCCACAAAGAUCCAGAGCUCUGCAAGGGCAUCUUCACCUGCUGCCCCCAUUUUCUCUAUGACCUUGGGUGCUGUCUCCAAUGUAGUGGCUUUGGCUAUCCUGGUGCAGUCUUACACCCGCUUCCGGCGCCGCUCCAAGGCCACCUUUCUGCUGUACGCUAGCAGCCUGGUUAUCACUGACCUCGCAGGCCACGUCAUUCCAGGCUCCUUCGUGCUGCGUCUCUAUGCCACACAGAGCAAUUGGGAAAUGAUGGACCCUUCCAAAUCGCUCUGCCAGUUCUUUGGAGCCUCAAUGGUAUUCUUCGGACUGUGCCCACUCUUCCUGGGCUGCAUCAUGGCAGUGGAGCGCUGUGUGGGCAUCACUCGUCCUUUGUUGCAUGCUUCCUUGGUGACGCCGGGCCGGACUAAACUUUCCUUGCUGGGACUGUGGGGCACUGCCCUCGCCAUUGCUCUGCUGCCUCUUUGCAGCUUCGGGAGCUAUGUCGUCCAGGCCCAAGGCACCUGGUGUUUCAUCAAGGUGCGAGAGGCAGAAGCUUGGCCUGAUGUGGGCUUUGCCCUGCUCUUCUCCACUCUGGGCUUGGCCUCGCUGGUUGCCUCCCUCUUCUGCAACACCUUCAGUGGACUCAACCUGGUGCGGGCCCGGCUCCGCAGUCAGCGCAAGUGUGGACACCGGCGGGCCAAAGCCCAUGACAUUGAGAUGGUUGUGCAGCUGGUGGGGAUCAUGGUGGUUUCCUGCAUCUGCUGGAGCCCCUUACUGGUCUUUGUCAUCUUGUCAGUGACCAACUCCCAUGGAGACCUUAAUUAUAAGGAGCUGCUUUUCCUGGGUGUGCGACUAGCCUCCUGGAACCAGAUCCUAGACCCCUGGGUAUAUAUCCUGCUUCGGCGUGCUGUGCUACGUAAGCUCCUUGCUCUAGUUAUUCGGCGCCCUUAUUUCAAGGGAGUCCGCUUUGACCGCUGGGAAGCCAGCUCCUUCCAAAGCUCUGAGCGCAGUAUAGGGCUGGCGGGAGCAAGCAGGAGAACCUCUACUCUGAAGACCCCCUAAGGAGCACGUUUUGCACAUUCUCCGUUGUUUGCAGAAUUAUCUCCCCUGGGAUUCAGCCAGCAUCCAGGGACCUUGGAUGGUAGCGCUGUAUGCAAGGAGCCGAUAUGGCAUUCUCAGUUUACCUCCUCGGGCAAAAGAGCGAUGGGAUUCAAGAUUGUGGAGAAGAGCAUGCUGCUGCGCCCAGUUCCCUACUUAGUUGGGACUUUACGGUGGACAAUAGACACAGGAUCUUUUUUUGGAGAUUUGUUAAGGAAUUGUGAUCCAUCUUUUCUUGGCGGAGUGUGUGUUUGUGUGUGUGCCCCACAACAGUGUUUACAAAGUGUCCUGGGUUCAAUUCCUGGCACCACCCGUUCUGCAGGGCUGAAGAACUGUGGCUCAGAUCCAGGAGUUUCCAGUACUCAAGGCUAGAUGAACCAAUGGUCUGACUCAGUAUAAAACAGCUUCAUAUGUUCUGGUAAUUUUGUUGAUGACAGGGAGGAAAGCCAUGAUUAAGUGCAUUCUGAGUGUACCCAACACUUUCUUGGUACAAGCUAUGUGGUAUGAAUGAAAACCUUGACUUAUUAGUGUUAUAGUCCAAAGUGGUGAGUUGUCAGUGCUUCAGAGCACAAUGGCAUCCAUGAAUGCCACCCCCCUUCCAUAUUUCAAUGAUAAACUCUCGGGGCAUAAAGCUUGCUUGUGGAUUCAUUACUAGGCAAGGAGACAACUUCUAUGGUGAUAAAAAUAGAGGGGGAGACCUUUGGCAUCCUUUCUUGGAUAAUUUGGUUUAGGCAUUUUACUAUCCAGCUGCAGAUGAUAUACAGCAUUAUGUUUAAUCUGCGGUGACCUGGACACUCUGGGCCCACAAUGUUCUUUCCACAUCCCACUCCAGAGGCUGCUGCAGUUGAGUGCCGUGCAAAGGAACACAUACAUAAAUCGGCGCCCUUCCUCAGAGGCAGCAGCAUAUCUGUCCAAGACAAAAAAUAUCCUUGCAUAAUGUCCUUUCCUAAAACAGGAGAGCAGAGCUAGGGCACAGGGCUCAUGAUGACUCAGGACAUCAUUUAAUUUAGAUAUAAACUUGGUCAUUCCAGGGAACCCCUGCAUGCAAAUGGGGUUGCUCAAUGUGGUGAGAGGGCUGGAAAUGUGAUAACCAAAAGCUUUUCCACACGGCUCCCACCCUCAAUGGGAAACAAGGAAGCUCCUUCUGGAACUGAGCACUUAUAAGUGAGCUACUUCCAUAGACAGGAAAGAGUUGGUGGAGCACCAGGUAGAUCUGCAACAGGAAGCCUAUCUGGCUUACCAUGAAUUCCAAUUAGGUGCGAGGCUGCCAAGGGCCCUGCAGUGUAGUCUACUGGACUGGAGAGGUGGGUGGGACUAGCCAACAGACCCUAAGUGGGUUGCCUCCAGCUGCUGUUAUGCUCUGGACUUAGGAUAAUGGUCCUCCGGGGACUUUCAGGGGACAGUGGGAAAAUCCUGAGAAGCUUGUUCUUCAGGGAUCAUGCAGGCAGGGGAUCUAGGCUACUGCAUGCUGGUGCUCUGGCCUGAGAGAGCUGUUGAUUGGCGCUGACCAUUCUACAAUAAAGUAUUUUUGUGGAGCAUUCUGUCCUAUUGCACUUUAUUGUCUUCAUGCCACUGAGUAAACCCCAGCAUUCCUGCUAUGAGCUGCCUCUGUCAGCCCUACUAAUCUGGUAGGCAGAGUUCUCCAUUUAUCUCAGUGUGUUUACUCUUUUCCCGCUCUGCGAUUUCUCUGCUCUGCCUGUUGCUGCCUCCUCCUAGAACUAGUUGAUGACUAUGGGGCAUGUGUGAUUGGGCCUCUGGAAACCUGGCUGAAAUCUGGCAAAUGUGCACAACAGGAGAAGGGAAAGUUUAACAUUUCCCCAGCAUAGAUGGGAAUUAGUAGUAGAAUCAUAGGUCUCUCUCUCUCUCUCUCCAACAUGCCCUGCCAGUUCAAAUCUGGAGCUUGCUGCCCCAAGCCAUCCCAGCCCCUGCAGAUGUGAAGUCUGCACACACAAGACAUUACACUUCAGGCUUUUAUAAAAUUCCUCCCAGUAUAAGGGGCAUGCACUUUCAGUUUAUUAAGACAUCCAGAAAUCUUUGUCAACUGGUAUCACAAACUGGAGUUCAUGCAUAACUGCAGGCUUCAAAAGCUGUCUUUGCUGUGGAGUAAGAAAGGACUAACGGGAGCAGGCUGGGUCAGCUUGCAAAAGGGUCCUCCUGUUCCCUGAUUUCUAAAAAAAGUGGGAGCCAUCAAUACAUAUGCUACAAGGAGCAGGCACCAGCUUGGGACAGUUUAAGAUGAGAUCAAGGGAUAAGUGGGCAGCUUUACACCCUGUGAGGCAUCUGGCUGGUUGGUGGAAACAGAAUGCCAGACUAGAUGGACCUUUGCCUCUGAUCCAGCAGCUGCUUAGGCUUUUGCUGCCCCCUGGUGACUUCCAUGGGUAUUGCCUUUGACACCCAACAAAUGCAAGGGCUGUUGGUGCCAUGAGGUUCCUGGUAGUGGCCGAGACAGGCACAAACAUUGAAAUAGGCACCUGGCCCCCAAAUCAGGGACGAGGACUUUGCCUCUGGUAGCUCAGAUUCCACAUACAAGGAUGAGGGUAGGAGUUGGGGCUCAAGCACCAGCCCUUACAUUAAAGAGCACAAUAACUAUGAGAAUACAGGGCAAAUGAUGCCAGCAAAAAGGAGGCAUUUCCUGCACAAUCAGUUGUAAAGAUCAUCAUCGCCCUCCUCUUGGAAGAGGUUUCCUUGGCCACUGCUGCUUCCACUGUUUCCCUCUCCACUGGUGCUCUGCUUUCCAGAUGGAAAUCUGUGGAGAUAAAGAAUGGCCUUGGUUUCAUGCAAGAGAAAGCUGGGUUAUUCUGUUUUAUGAAUGUGGGCACUGAUCUGGUUGUACUCUACAUAAACAAGGUGUUAAAAUAAUGUGGAUGUGAUGCACUUCCCAAUGCACAUAAAAACCCGUCCUGUUUAAAGUAAUGCUAAUUCUAAUGUGCAUCUGAAUGCACAUCUAAUUUAUACCUGCAAUUCAGAGUCUGCAGGUGCCACCUGCACACAAGCCUGUGGAUCUCCAUAGCUGCGUCAGGGCAAUGCUAUUUUUGAAUGGUCUUUUGUUUAUUUUAGCUAGUGUGUGUGUGUUUAAUUCUAUUGCACUUAUUUUGAAUGGCACCCUUCAUUUUGUAUAUGGAAUUUAACAUCCUAAACUAACUUGAGAGCCCUCACUGGGUCAUACAUUUA